AUCUCUCUCGACUUCAUUCCAUUCUUCUCCAGCCUUCUCCCAUACAUCUUCACCAACGCCUCUAAUCCCUUAAUCAACAAACCAACCACAACCGUCAACAUGAAGUUCGUCUGGUCCCUCGCCCUCCUCGCCGCUGCCGGCGCCUCCGCCCAGUCUUCCGAGACGGUCGCCGAGACCGCUGCCGCUCCUUCUGCUUCUUCCGAGUGCGAGGCCGAGUACAUUGUGAAGCGAUGCCUCGAGACCGAGAACGCCAAGGCCGAGGACUGCAAGGGUGACGAUUGGGACUGCCUCUGCGCCGCCUACGAGGCCAUCGCCACCUGCUUCAACAACUGCCCUGAUGACUCCCGUGCCUCCAGCGCCCAGAGCCAGGUCCAGAUCUACUGCCAGCAGGCCUCACUCUACGGCACCCGAACCAAGACCACCAAGACGGCCACCGCCGAGACCGAGAGCACCGGUACCGCCGAGGCCACUGCCACCGGUGCCGGCUCCUCUGAGGAGACUGCUUCCUCCACCGAGUCCUCCAGCCCCGAGAGCACCAACAACGCUGCCGACCUUGCCCGCAACACCGGUGGGGUCCUCCUCGCCGUUGCUGGUGUUGUUGCUGCUAUGCUCUAA